CUCUUCUUCUCUCACUCGUCUACGCACUUAUCGUUAGCUUCUCCUCAACUGAGUUAUCUCAACUUUUCUGCAGUUUACAGCAAGGUCUCACACCAUGUCCAUUACCAAGAUCCACGCCCGACAGAUCUUUGAUUCCCGUGGAAACCCCACGGUGGAGGUUGACCUUUACACUGACAAAGGUUUGUUCAGGGCAGCUGUGCCAAGCGGUGCAUCUACUGGAAUCUAUGAAGCCCUGGAGCUCAGGGACAAUGACAAGACUCACUACCUUGGGAAAGGAGUGUCACAGGCUGUCGAUCACAUAAAUUCAUCUAUUGCGCCUGCACUCAUUGGUAGUGAUGCAACUGUGGUGGAGCAAGAGAAAAUUGACCAGAUGAUGAUUGACUUGGAUGGCACAGAAAAUAAAUCCAAAUUUGGAGCAAAUGCCAUUCUGGGUGUUUCCCUGGCUGUUUGCAAAGCUGGUGCAGCAGAGAAAGAUGUCCCCCUGUACCGUCAUAUCGCUGACCUCGCAGGAAACCCAGAGGUCAUCUUGCCUGUUCCGGCCUUCAAUGUGAUCAACGGAGGCUCUCAUGCUGGGAACAAGCUCGCCAUGCAGGAGUUCAUGAUCCUGCCCAUCGGCGCGAGCACCUUCAAAGAGGCCAUGCGCAUUGGAGCGGAGGUCUACCACAAUCUCAAAAACGUCAUCAAGAAGAAAUAUGGUCAGGAUGCCACCAAUGUGGGCGAUGAAGGCGGCUUUGCCCCAAACAUCCUGGAGAACCAGGAAGCUCUGGAGUUGAUCAAGGAAGCCAUCACCAAAGCGGGAUACACAGAUGAGGUUGUGAUCGGCAUGGAUGUGGCAGCGUCUGAAUUCUACAGGGACGGAAAAUACGACCUGGACUUCAAGUCUCCUGACGACCCGAGCCGUUACAUCACUCCCGACGAGCUGGCUGAUCUCUACAAGAGCUUUGUGAAGGAUUAUCCAGUGGUCUCCAUCGAGGAUCCGUUUGACCAGGAUGACUGGGAGGCUUGGACCAACUUCACCGGAAGCACAGACCUGCAGGUGGUUGGAGACGAUCUCACGGUGACCAACCCUAAUCGCAUCAGCAAGGCGGUGGAGGAGAAGGCCUGCAACUGCCUGCUGCUUAAAGUCAAUCAGAUUGGCACAGUUACAGAGUCCAUGAAGGCGUGUAAGAUGGCUCAGGAGAGCGGCUGGGGUGUGAUGGUCAGUCAUCGCUCUGGAGAAACUGAGGACACCUUCAUAGCUGAUUUGGUGGUCGGCUUGUGCACUGGACAGAUCAAGACUGGGGCUCCCUGUCGCUCUGAGCGUUUGGCCAAGUACAACCAGAUCCUUCGGAUUGAAGAGGAGCUGGGAGACAAGGCUGUUUUUGCUGGAAAAAACUUUAGGAAACCACUAUAAAUCUAUAAGAACACAUUUGAUAAUGAUGGAAAACACAUCAAAGAGGUAACGGUUAAUGUAGAGCUACUGAUCAUGGUCAUUAAUUUAUAGAGAGAACUUUACUAUCAAAUCUUCCACUGUAUCCUGCCCAGUUUGUUAAUAUGGCGUAAAAUAUUAGACCCGAUUGUAACAAAGUAAAAAGUAAUAUAAUAAUAAUAAAAGUUGCACUUAAAGACCAUUAAUAAAGACAUUUUAUGAGUGACAGA